GGCUAGUAACGAGAUAGAUGAGGCUUUAGCCUCGUUAGAAAUACUUAUGUCUGAGUUUUUUGCACCAGCCACAAGUAAUUUCAGGAAGAGAGAGAUUGAGAGUAUGCUUGAAAACUUUUCCAACCGAAGUGACUCCUGGAAACAUUGCUUGAUGUUCCUACAAAAAUCACAUAACCAUUAUGUUUUGAUGUUCACUUUGACUACUUUAGAAAAUAUCAUCAACCGGCAGUGGAUCCGUCUAUCAGACAAUGAGAAAACAGAGAUUCGUCUGACUCUAUGGAAUGAACUGUUGGCUAAACAUGAAGUCAUGAUAUAUUUCAUUAGAAACAAAGUAGCUGCACUGAUGGUCGCAAUAGCUCGCUAUGACUGGCCACAUUUAUAUGAUGAUUUCUUCAGUAAUAUCGUUGAGCUAAUCAGAAGUGAUGGCUCUCGUUGUCUUUUGGGUCUGGUUUUGGCUCAGGCAGCAAGUGAAGAACUUGGUGCCGCCCGUGACACAGGAGUCUUACUGCCAUCAGAACGUAAAAACCAACUUGAGCGCCUCAUGCUUAAAGGGAUGCCACAAUUAUUAAAUGCUCUCAGUGAUAUCUUAGAACGAAAUGCUCAGAAGGAAGGGCAGUCUAAUCCUCCCCCCUCACCAACUAGUGGUGCUCCACAAACAUCCGCUCUGCCAGAUCUAUUGACAAAUACACAUGAUGUUACUGCCAAUGAUAAGGUGCUCAAUAUGGAAAUAGUGGUGAAAUGUCUCACUACGCUCCAACAUUUGUUCUCAUGGUUACCAUUGUCCUCACAUGUGCCACCAUCACUAGUUACCACUGUGUUCUACUGGGGCAGUAUAGCAACCCAAUCCCAGAGCGUGGAGGCGGCGGUGUGCGGGCUGGGCGGGGUGUGCGAGCUGCUGUACCGGCGGUACGCGCCGCCGUCGUCGGCCGCCACGGCGCUGCGCCUGCAGCACUGCGCGCUCAGGCUGCUGCGGCAUCUCACGCACACGCAGCACGCCAUCAUGCACGCGCACCACGAUUACCUUAACAAGUUAGCAGAAUUCCUUAAACUGUUUGUAUCAUUGCAUUUCAAGAGAUUGGAGGCUGAACCAGAGUUUGAUGCUAUUGAAUUUUUGUCAUAUCUAUUCCAAUACACAUUCCAGGUGCCAACAUGUGCUAUAUUUAUAAACUGUUUAGAUAUAUGGAUACAAUUUAUCGAGAUCCUGAAGCCAGAAGAUACGCCAAAAUAUUGGGAAGCAUUACAAGCACUUGUUAAUGGAGUGCUAAACAAAAUUCAAUUCCAGCACAAUAAAGCGCAGUUGCAACACUUAGAUAACGAUGUUCGAGAUGAUGAUGGCCACACUGAGUGGCACACAUUCCUGAAACAUUGUAUAGAAUGCAUAGCGCGCGUCGCUGAAUUGGCACCACUUAACGUUUUCACCAUUGUGUUGGAGCGAUGGCAGUGCCUGGCGGGGGUGCACGCUCGCGCUGCCUCUCGCGGCGGCGAGGGCGAGCGACUGUUGGCCGCCUUGUUAGACCUCGCCACCCUCACUCGUGUACUGGGUCGGCUCGCACCCUCAUUGCUUGCAGAGGCGGAGAGCAGCCGGCGGGCGGCGGGCUGGGCGCUGGGCGCGGGGCUGCUGGAGCGCGCGGCGGCCGCGCUGGCGGGCGCCGCGCUCACCCGCCCGCACCGCGCCGCGCCCGCGCCGCACCUCGCGCACGCGCACGUGCAGGUGCACGCAGAAAUGUUCGCAUGUAUGGGCGCGUGGUGCUGCUACGCCAACGAGUGCGGAGUACCCGUGCAGACCAUGGAGAGUUUGUUCUCUUCUGCUGUACCCUUCCUACUGCCACAUGAAAUACCGGAACCUCCACUGUUAAGUCAUGCGGCAGCACAUUUAUUGCUGAGCCUGGCGAAGAACGUGAAGUUCAACUCAGACCCAAUAGCUCUCUCUGGUGACUUGUACGAAAAUGCUCAACGCUCUCUACUGUACUUGGAGACUAAGACAGCAGUAGUGGUACGUGAAGCGCUAGUGUCGCUGUCGCUGCGUGGGGGCGGGCCCGCCGGGGGCGUGGCCGGGGGCGCGGCGCGAGCGCUGAUUGGUGCGUGGGGCGCUGCGCUGACCACACAGGGCCCGGCACAAGCCCUGCCUCCUCUCACUGCGUUACUUCAUGCAUUCUCCGAUGCGCCUACACAGGCUAAGAAGAUAAUAGCAGAAGGUAUCCAGAGCUCGGCGGAGACAGCGCUACGCAUGCUGUGCGAGCCGACAUUCGCGACGGCGGAGGCAGAGAUCACGGACUUCUUCCUCGCACUCUUCACCGCACUACUGCCUCAACUCGGCACCUUCGCGUACACUGCCAUCGACGUGUUUGUAGAGGUCGCUCAGAGGGGUGGUGGUGAAAGCGGAUUGGAACGUUUGGUGGAAUGUGUUCGCUUGGGAAUCGAAGCUGGAGGCGGCGGCAUGCUAGUCCGCUCCGUACUGACGCUACUGCAGCGACACGUGCUACCGCGGGCCACUGUCGACUCGCCCGACCUCGCGCGGGCUGCCUACCGACUGCUGGCCAGUGUCCUGAUCCACCGCUGGCGCUACUUCUUCCCGACGAAGGUGGAGGAGGCAGAGAGCGCGGCGCGCGCCGACGAGCUGCGCGGCGCGCUGGCCGCGCUCGGCCGCGCGCUGCUGCAGCCAGACAUCGAACUGCUCAAACUUAACAUCGACACGCUCGACGCGCUCAACUCCAAGUGCAAGCUCUAUCAUAAGAUGAUGUUCCGCACGGAGUUCCUGGGCGAGUUCCUGUCGGUGCUGCUGGCGGGGCUGGCGGAGGGCGGCUGGCGCGCGCUGGCGCGGGACGAGGUGACGGCGGCCGUGCACGCCAUGGCGCUGGUGGACUUCCCAGCCUUCCGCGCCGCCUUCCUGCCGCACUUCCUCGCCUCGCUGCCCGGCCUCGCGCCCGACCAUCAACGACAUCUCGCGCAGUUCCCGCCCGAUACGGACUUGCCAACGUUCACGCAGAACAUCCAGCGUCUGAUGAAUGACGUGAACUGUUACCGCGCGUACAGUUCGCUCGCGCCGACCAGCAUGUCUUCCUAG